UGACACUGGGGUUUCAUUUCAUUUCUUUCACACUUUGACCCGAUCGUUUGCAGUGUCACGAAGGGGCGAUGCUGUACAACUGGGAGACGGGCUUGCAGCCCGAACGUUGCUCCGACUUGGGGGAUGUUCUGGGCACCGAGCAGAUCCGGCACCUUUGCUGCCGGAGCGGAUGCACAGUAGUUGUGUUGUCCAGCGGGAAGAUUUUCAGGAGAGUUGAUGGAAAACCACCUGGGCAGUUUCCUUAUUUCAAGGAAAAGGAGAUUCACUUUGUUGCUUGUGGGACAUCCCAAGUUCUGUUUGUUUCGGCGACGGGAAGUAUUCUUCAGAGUCAAGUCAAUUCAAAGAGAUGUGCCAAUAAUCUAAGAGGGAUCACCUUAUCGAAACCACAGUUGUUUAGGAGUUUGAGUGAAAGCAAUAUAAUACAAGUGACCUGCGGAAACAAUCAUUCUUUGGCGCUUUCUAAAGAUGGCCAAGUCUUUGCCUGGGGACAGAACACCUUUGGCCAGUUGGGUCUCGGUACAAGAGGUCCCCUGUCUUGCGACCCCCAGACGGUGAAGAGUUUCUCUGGGGUCCCAGUGGCUCAAAUCACUGCUGGAGGCGAGCACAGCUUCGCUCUGACCGUCUCGGGGACGGUAUUUGCAUGGGGCAGAAAUAAUCACGGACAACUGGGGCUCGACGACACAGAGGAUACUCUUACUCCCAAACAUGUGCAAAUCCUAUCGUGCAAGAGCACCAUCUUUAUUUCUUGUGGAGAGGAGCACACUGCAGUUCUGACGAAGGAUGGAUUUGUUUUGACAUUUGGAGCUGGGGCGCACGGACAGCUUGGACACAACUCGACAAGAGAUGAGAUCAAACCACGACUGGUUGGCGGACUGUUUGGGAGAAAGGUUUCUCAGAUCGCAUGCGGGAGCUAUCACACGUUGGCCCUCGUUUCAUCCACUGGCACAGUCUAUUCCUUUGGUUGUGGAGAAAUGAUAAGGCUGGGAAAUGGCCAAACCAGUGAACAUUCAGUGCCUCUGCCCAUCAAUCUAAUGGACACUGCAAGCAAUGGUGGAGCUGACAAUGGCAGUUCAAUUAAACGAGGCGUCAGAAAAAUAUUUGCUGGGGGAAAGUUCAGCUUUGCAGAAUGCUAUGAUGAAGAGAAUUUACUAUCAUCGCAGGAAGAAUCUCUGCUCACUCUGAAGAGAAUUGUGCCACUAACAAAUUUAUUUACAAAAAAAGCAAUCAUUCGGGGUUAUUCAUCUUCACCGAUUAUGAACGCAAGCUUCCUGGAUACGAGCAAGGAUAACCAUUUCAAAACAAGCCAAAUGCUGUCUGGUCUGGAUAUGUCCUUAGUGUACCUGAACUUUGAGAAUUUGGCAAAAGACACUUCACUGCUAUCCCAGGUGACAAAUGCAAUCCUGACAAAGCUGAUCCCUUCACUCCCUCGCUCUCCUGCAAGUUUGGAAGCUCUGCGAGUUUACCUUGUUCUGCCUGAGCUCAUCGCUGUACUUGAUGGGCCAAAAAGCUCCAAGCUGACAGAAUCGCUAACCACAGCCAUUCUGUCCCUCGAAGGAAGUUACUUCAAAGUUCUAGGUAAGGGAUUUAUUUCUGAACAUUUAAACAUUACCAAAAUCUCCGUUGUUUGCAAUUAA